UUAAUUAUGCUUUUUUUAUCUGAUUUGAUUCUAUAAUUUAUUACUCCCCUUUUGAACUUGAGAAAGAAAAAAGAGAGGUAAAAGUGAUGAUAUUGUUACAACUUUUAAGCUUUUGAUUGGAUUAAUGUAGAAAAAUAGAAAAAGGGUUUGUAUUAUUUUAUUCAUUUAGGACAACCCAAUUGCCCAAAGGGCACUUUCUCCUUUACCACACUGUCUUAAUAUUAUAUUUAGUAGUGCGUGUUUCUUGAAAUAUAGUUUUUUUUCUUUUUUCCUUUUUUCCUGGGUUUCUCUUUCACCAAGUGUUGGUUUUAUUACAUUCUUCUCAUUCUUCGAGCUUUGGUUGGAAUUUUGUCUUCUUGGUUUUUGUCAGUGAGAAAGAAUCUGCACCUACUAUGGAUCUUGGCUGUGGAAACUGCUGGAGAGAUUCAAAGAGAAAAGAUUCUUGGAAAACAACUAUGCUGUUAGCAUACCAGAGCCUCGGUGUAGUGUACGGCGACCUCAGCAUUUCGCCUCUCUAUGUGUACAAGAGCACGUUCGCCGAAGACAUUCAUCACUCCGAAACAAACGAGGAAAUCUUCGGUGUUCUUUCCUUCGUUUUUUGGACACUAACUCUAGUCCCACUCUUCAAAUACGUUUUCGUAGUCCUUCGAGCCGAUGACAACGGAGAGGGUGGUACUUUUGCUCUGUAUUCGUUAAUAUGCAGGCAUGCGAAAGUUAGCCUUCUCCCAAAUCGACAAGUUGCAGAUGAAGCUCUUUCCACUUAUAAAAUGGAGCAGCCGCCACACACGAAGAAUAGCUCGAGGCUUAAAUCGGUGCUCGAAAAUCACAAAUCGUUGCACACUGCGUUAUUGAUUUUGGUUUUGUUGGGCACUUGUAUGGUUAUUGGAGAUGGUCUACUCACUCCGGCAAUAUCAGUUUUUUCUGCGGUUUCCGGUCUUGAGUUAUCGAUGUCGAAGGAGCACCACCAAUAUGCAAUGGUCCCGAUAACAUGCUUUAUAUUAGUGUGCCUAUUUGCCUUGCAACACUACGGGACCCACCGAGUGGGUUUCUUCUUUGCGCCGAUAGUGUUGGUUUGGUUGUUAUGCAUAAGCGCACUCGGCUUGUACAAUAUAUUCUAUUGGAAUCCGCACGUUUAUCAAGCUCUUUCCCCAACUUACAUGAUCAAGUUUCUCAAGAAAACCGGAAAAGGCGGAUGGAUGUCUCUUGGUGGUAUUCUUUUGUGCAUCACAGGAUCUGAAGCAAUGUUUGCUGAUCUCGGCCAUUUUUCGUAUGCAGCAAUCCAGAUUGCUUUCACCUUUUUGGUAUAUCCAGCCCUAACUUUGGCAUACAUGGGUCAAGCGGCUUACUUAUCGAAGCACCAUCAUACAAUUCACAGUAUCGGCUUUUACGUAUCGGUUCCAGAGAGCGUAAGGUGGCCGGUACUAACGGUAGCGAUACUAGCGUCGGUCGUGGGCAGUCAAGCAAUCAUUAGCGGAACAUUCUCGAUAAUCAACCAGAGCCAAUCGCUCGGUUGUUUUCCGAGGGUCAAAGUCGUUCACACCUCCGAAAAAAUACACGGUCAGAUUUACAUACCCGAGAUCAAUUGGAUGCUCAUGAUCCUCUGCAUCGCUGUCACUAUCGGAUUCCGUGACAUCAAACACAUGGGCAACGCAUCCGGAUUGGCCGUAAUGGCGGUGAUGCUCGUGACGACUUGCUUGACAUCACUAGUAAUCAUCCUGUGUUGGCACAAACCUCCACUCGUCGCGUUGGCCUUUCUCCUCUUCUUCGGAUCCAUUGAAUUGUUGUACUUUUCCGCCUCACUAAUUAAGUUUCUAGAAGGCGCGUGGCUACCGAUACUACUAGCCCUCUUCCUCGUCACCGUCAUGUUCGUUUGGCACUACGCUACGGUGAAAAAGUACGAAUACGACCUCCACAACAAGGUGUCUUUAGAAUGGCUAUUAGCCCUAGGCCCUAGCUUAGGCAUAGCUAGGGUUCCGGGAAUCGGCCUCGUUUUCACCGAUCUCACCUCGGGCAUUCCCGCCAAUUUCUCCCGCUUCGUCACCAAUCUACCCGCCUUCCAUAGAAUACUCGUAUUCGUCUGUAUAAAAUCGGUCCCCGUUCCGUUCGUGCCGUCGGCCGAGCGGUACCUGGUGGGCCGCGUGGGCCCCGCGGCCCACCGCUCGUACCGGUGCAUCGUCCGGUACGGGUACCGCGACGUCCACCAGGACGUCGACUCCUUCGAGUCCGAGCUCGUCUCCCGCCUCACCGACUUCAUCCGCUACGACUGGCACAAGGAGGCGCGCGGCGGCAGCGGGGCCCACGACCAGGACGGUGUGUCCCACUCCGGUGCCUCAUCGUCGUCGGGCGAGUGCCGAUUGGCCGUGAUAGGGACCGUGUCGUUCUCCGGCGCGCCGGCGUUCGAGAUAGAGGACAGCGUGGGGCCCGCGAGCGUCUCCGUCGAUUUUCCGACGGUGGACAGCAUGGCUGACGUGAUCGAGGUGGUGGGCCCCACGGAGAGGAGGGUGAGGUUCGAGGUGGGGCCCACGGAGAUGGGGUCGUCGGCGGCGGAGAUGGAAUUCAUGUUGAGGGAGGAGCUGCAGGAUCUGCACGAGGCGCAACAGGCAGGGACCGCGUUCAUAAUGGGGCACUCGCACGUGCGGGCGAAGCAAGGCUCGUCGGUGAUGAAGAGGCUGGCGAUCAAUUUGGGGUAUAACUUCCUUGGGAGGAAUUGUAGGGGAGCUGACGUGUCACUCAAGGUUCCUCCGGCCUCUCUUCUUGAAGUUGGCAUGGUUUAUAUUGUGUAAGAAAUAUUAAAUAUGAAUAUGAGUUAUGACCACUAACUGUUUAUUAUUUAUUAGUACAGUUGUUGUUGUAUGUAAAAGUGGAAAUGUGAAUGUGUGGGGAAAGCUGAUUUUUCCAAAUUUUACUGAGGAAUUUUGUUGCUUCAUCCUGUCAUGUCUUGUAAAUCUGAAAUACUCUGUUUUUGUGCAAUUAAUUUUGUCUUCUGACUUUUGUUC